AGAUUUAUCCACGCGAUUUUAGAUUUGUACUCAUUUUCGCACCAAUGAAACACAAUCGAUUUAAAUUACAAAAUAAAAAUAAAAAUGCUUUUAACACGCGUGUAAAUCAUUCCAAAGAAUCCAUCGUUAAAAAAACCAAACAAAUUACUCAAUGUGAACCAGACCUCUCAGGGUUAACUCGGGGACAACGUAAAAGGCAUGAAAAAUUAGAAAGAGUUCAAAGAAAAAUUCAUUUCAUUCAGUAUAUGGAAAGUUUACGUGCUUUGGAAAUGAAAAAAAAAAAGUACGGAGCCUUUUCUCAAUUCGACGAUAUAAAAGAUUCUUUAAACGCUGCAGCUGAAGAAAUGCAAAAUAGUAAAAAAACAUUAAAUGAGUGCAAAAAAAGAUCCAAGAAAGCCGAAAACUACUUUAUCCCAACUGAAUGUGCUCGUUUUAAAUCAAUACAUCAAUUUAAAGAGUUUCAAAAAGAUCCUAUGGAAGCCAUAUGCCAACAUUUAAGUAAUGUUUUCAAAAGGUGAACGAGUAUGACGUCCUUUACUCAACUGCACAGCGAAGGUCAUGCGACUAGAGUUAGCGAAGCUUUAAUGUCACGUAGCCUUAAAUAGACUCUUUUUUUUUUGUAAACUAGCCAAAAAAAAAGCAUAAACAAAUUUUUUUUUUUGGUUAACUUAUUCCCGCUGAUUUUUUAUGUCGUUUUCUAAUGAAACAAAAAAACGUUUACAAACGACUUAUUGGUUCCACUGUA